GUGUCAGCUGUGUCGGCGCAUGCUCCGGCCAGCGCUCUCCGGCCGCCACCUCUUCCGCCAUUUUUAGCAAAACAUGUCGGUUUGCGGCGUUUCUAUGCCAUGACGCAGAGGUUUCUGACAUGGGCGACGCGCGUUUGAGCCUGGAGUUCUUCAACUGGGAUGAUUUGUCGCAUGAAGAUAUACAAAUUCUAAAUGAGGCCUUAAAGAAUGGGAGUGGUUGUGUUGAGUUGCCUUGGCAAGAUGAGGAAGACUGCCUGGAUACUCGGGCAUUGCCCCCUGAGCAACCGGGUCUUCCAAGUUGCGCUGGCACCCUCGACCCAGACCCAACCAUGGCCAGCCCAUUGCAGGAGACAUUGCAAAUACAGCCGAUCUACCUGCGGCCUCAACAGGUGUAUCCACCAGCCCAGUAUUCACCAGGUCACCACCAUCCACCUGUUAUAAACCCGGAGAUGGUGUGUGACUUUACUGAGCAGCUCCAGCCUCAACCUACUCUGCCAUUAGAGGGAAUAGGAAAACGACCUCCAGGGCGCAGAGGGCAUCACAGGAACAAGGGAAUGCACCACAAUUCUCGACCUGAGCUUGCAGCUCAUCCACCUGCAGUUGAGGUUCUGGAACGGAUGGGGGAGCCAGUGCGCCACAUGCCCCUCACCUAUGCUCCUGGCCAGAGUGGUUAUUCUUACUCAUACCCUCAACCUGUCUACUACAUGUGCGUUCAGACAGCACAGCCCUUCUACGGUCCUGCCCAAGGCCACCAUCCACUGUCAUUUGUUACAGCUAUGGUCUCACCCCAGCCUCCACCGCAUGUGGCCAUGGCAGCUCCCAGUACAUUGGCUGGGGAACCAGUGACAGCGGCCCAUUAUGCUGAGCCACCUGAUCUGAGCCUGCCCAAAGAAGAAGUGGCAAGCCCAGCGACCACCAGCACCAGUGAGCCAUCACCAGCAGUUCUCGAUGAUGUGGAACCAGCAGAGCUCUUGGCCAGUAGCGUUUCCAGCGAGGCAGAGGAAGCAGUGCAUGAGAUGGCCAAACCUGCAUCUCCUUUGCCAACCACUUUUCCCACUGAUGUGCCUGAAGUAGCUGUGCCUGUUGUUGAGCAAACUAAAGCAGUGACUGCAGUUGAAGAGUCGACUGCUGCACCUCCUGUAGUGAAUGGGUCUGGAUCAGCCACGCGCUGCUGGGCCGACCUGUUCAAGAAGGGCUCCAGUGAGGCGGAAGGAGGGAACAAACGGCAGCCAGUAGUGCCCUUUGCACGUGAUGGUGUCACCAGUGACUGUGAGGAUGAAGUGCGACCAUGCAGGCCAUCUGUACCAGAGUCUGUUGACACCAAGCUUGGAAGGGCUUUGCACAAGUUCACUGUCAAUCACACACCUCCUUUGAUUCAACCCCGGGGCUUGGAGAAUGGCAAGAACUGGUGCUAUAUCAAUGCCAACCUUCAAGCCUUGUUGGCUUGUCCAGCAUUCUACAAUUUGCUGUCCAGUUUGCCUCUGGUACCUGGCUUGCCUGGCUCCAAUGCAACGCCUUUCAUGGAGUGCCUCAUAUAUUUUCUGCAGUCCUAUGCAGUUCCCAUGGUGCGCGAAACUGGCAAGAAGGAUGAAAUGGUUGUUGCAAAAGCAUAUGACCCUGAACAUUUCAGAGACCUUCUUAUGAAGAUAAAACCUGACUGCAAAAAGGGGAAGCAGGAGGACGCAGAGGAAUUUCUAAGUUUCAUGUUGAAUGGCCUGCAUGAUGAAAUGGUGUCAUCAAUGCGUUCUGUGAGCAAUGGUCUCAAUGGACAAUGCAAUGGAGAGGCUCAGCCACCAGUUGAGCAUGUUGAUGAAGAUGAUGAUGAUGAAGGUGCUUGGAAGACUGUCAUCCAUCGCAAUCGACAUGAAGUGACACGUUCUGCAGAGUAUCUACCAUCUCCAUUAAUGGACAUAUUUGGGGGUGAAAUGCGCUCUUCUGUGACAGCUGAUGGAGAGACGUCAGCUUCCCUUCAGCCAUUCUUCACUCUGCAGUUGGACAUUCAGGAUGGAGUUAAGACUGUGGAAGAUGCAUUGCUGCACCUAGCUGCUGAGGAGAAGGUGCAGAAUUACCACAGCAGCAAAAGCAACAAAAAGGUGGAUGCUUUGCGUAGAACUACAUUGGAAAAAUUACCGCUGGUGCUUAUUCUUCAUCUAAAACGUUUUGUGUAUGACAAGAAUGGUGGUUGCAAGAAGCUUAUGAAUGCCAUACAAAUACCUCAUCAGCUUCAGCUUGACCGCAAAUUGGUGCCAUCCAGUGAAAGGUGGUCAAAUAAGCAGCGCUGCUAUAUUCUGUUUGCAGUAUUGAGCCAUAGUGGAGAGCGCACAGACAAAGGUCAUUAUGUGACUGAUGCCUUCCACCCAGCAGGACGCAAAUGGUUUCACUGUGAUGACGACAAUGUGACUCCCGUUGCCCAAGGCGACCUGCUGCGUUUUGAGAACUCGUCUCUUGUGCCCUAUCUACUCUUCUAUCGACGUGCGGACACUGAACAUCAGGCUAGGUAGACACGAAACCAGUUUAAUAGGACAUUCAAGGCGGACUGGGCAAGGAAUUGCCAACAAGUGGUGGGCCAGCGUGUGCAAGGGUCCUUUUGUGCAUACUACUAAAUUCAGGCUCCCUUACAUUGGGUGCCUCAUCCCAUUUCUUUUUUUUUUUUUUUAUUGUUGUGAUUUCUCUCCCUUUGUGCUAACUCUGGUACUACCCUACACAGUCUUUGUGCUGUAUGUGUCACUUUGCAUGUAGUUUACUGCAAAUUAUCAUUUGCUCGUUCUUGUUUUUUUGUUUGCAAGCUGCAGCACUCAGUGCGUUUCUUUUUGCUGACAAUGUGUUAUUCUGGUUUUGUCAGUUUGUAUGUGCACAGCUAUUUAUUAUGGGCCUUCUCUCCUUGCACUCAUUUCACCCGAGUGCUUUUCAUGCUUUGGGUGCUGGGGGAGGAAGGGUCAGCUUGGUGCUCUUCCUCCCCCAGCUAAUACCUGUCUGCUGGCAACCACCCUGUUUUGCAGUUGUGUGCGUGAAUCUGUACAUAGAAGAGUGUUACGCAAGGGCAUCAAGCGAGGCUAGCUGCCACAUGCAGACUCUCUUAUUAAAAAUAAAGUUAUGUUGGUGCGCUUUCCAUGGAGUUGGUAGGCCAAGACGAAGACACUCACAUAAGUGCCUCAUGUGUCAUAGGUAGUUCUGCAUGCUACUGUGAUCGUAUGCAACCACAGUCUAAAAUGCAGACACUUUCCCCCUUCACUCCCUCGAACAGAUAUGGGUGGCCUGUGUAGGCAUCAUGUAGAAUUCCUUAAUGCCUCCAUGACAUCUCAGUCCUGUUCCCCUGUAUACCUUCCCUUGGUCCUUGUGCUUUGGAAUAUAUUAUUGAAACUUCACUGGUGUUGCACUUCACUGCACUAAUUUUAAAUUUGUUAUCCAGUGUAAUUACUGCUGUCUUUCAUUUUUGUAGCUGUUGAACAGCUUAAUUAUAACUAAAUUAAUGUUUUCAUCUGAAAGCAUUGCUUCAAUAACUUGAAGGAUAGAGAUAUUGGUAUAAGAAUCUGCUUAUUGCCAUAUAUAAGUAUAUAUAAUGCUCAGAUAUGUCAAACAAUAUUUAAAAGCAGCCACAUUUUGCAUGGAUGGUGAUGACCUACUUUCAUGCUGAGAUGCAUGCUGCAGCAUCUCUGCCUAUAACUCCUUUAGAGAAGAUGCAAAUGCUUAAAGGGUAACAAAAAAACUUCUAACGUUAAUGUGUCUUGGGCAGCUGGGUGACACCUAAAGCAACCAUCAAAUCAAGUUUAUAUGCCAUGUAUAUUCUGAAUCUUGCUCAUUUUCUUGUCUUUUGGAAGGUUCUGUAACAAUUUCUUUUCUAGGUGCACUUCAUUUAUUUGCACUGUAAAUCUUUUCACUUUGCUUAGUGUGCAAAAAUGUAACUGUGAGGUCAGCUUCAGUAGUGAAAGCUCGGCUCGCAUUGUGUGGGUUCUGUAUAGUGAAGAGUCACUGCACUUGAUGAGUGUUCUCAGGACUAAGAACACGCACGGAGCAUUAUGCUUACAUAUUUACUGAUGAAUCGUAUAAAGUUGUGGAUUGUAUUGUAAAUUCUUUUGCUGGUGCAAAGUGCAACAGUCGUGCAUGUGACAAUGACUUAAUUUACGUUGCGAGCCUGGACCUACUAUGCAUAGCUGCCCUGUGGAUUUGUUGCUCUGUAUUCUCACACUGAUCGCUUAAGUCAGGAACAGUGCCUUGCUACAUUAUUAGAGCUAGUCAGUUUGCAUUAGCUUUGCUGAAAACAGUUUAGUUGGCUGAGUUGUUCCCUUGUAGAUGAGCAUAAUGGGUGUUGCUACGAAAAUUUUCAUAACUGUACAUACACACUGAAGCAAGUGGCAUGCAUUGUCCCUCUUGUAAAGAUAUGUAGGUUGUUCCAAUUGCGCAUGCAGUCACCUUGUUUACCCAAUAAGUUAAUUGAGGAAUGUCUGUCGUGAGUGCAAGAUGUACAAGAACUGUGUGUUGUUGGCAAAUUUAAUACGCAAGAAGUACCUCAAUUAGAGGACUAUAUAUUUCUAAUACUGUGUACAUAGUAGUUUCACUUAAAAAAAAAACUGGUGGCAGAUUUUUAGAAUGUUUUAAACUUGUUACUACUUGAAAUCCUGGAAUAUGUAGGGCUGUUUUUAUGUUAAUUGAAAGUGUGAUUUGCAGUGGGUUACUUUUU